AUGUCCUUUUUCCUCGGUGGCCUGCGCUUCCGUGAGCAGACGGCAUUCCACGCUUCUUUCCAGAACACUUUCAAGGCCGAAGACCAGACGCUGAAGAUUAGCCGCGGUACCAGUGUGAUCCCCGUGGCCACGGUCAACAUCGGCCUCGGCGUCAAUGACAAGGUCGUUGACAACGAUCACCUGUCCCGCACUGCCGCCAUUCUCCUACUGCUCUUCUCCACCGCCCUCGUUGCCGUCUGUGCCGAGUUCCUUGUCGGCUCCAUCAACGAGGUCGUUGAGACCAGCCCUCUCGGCGAGAUCUUCAUCGGUCUCAUCAUCCUCCCCAUUGUCGGCAACGCUGCUGAGCACGUUACGGCCGUCACUGUCGCCAUGAAGAACAAGAUGGAUCUCGCCAUUGGUGUCGCUGUCGGCAGCUCCAUCCAAAUCGCCCUCUUCAUCACCCCAAUCGUCGUCAUCAUCGGCUGGGCCCUGGACCGUGACAUGUCACUGUACUUCACCCUCUUCGAGACCGUCUGUCUCUUCGUCUCGACCUUCAUCGUCAACUUCUUGGUUCUCGACGGAAGGAGUAACUACCUCGAGGGUGCGUUAUUGUGCGCGACCUACAUCAUCAUCGCCGUGGUGGCCUUCUUCUAUCCCAACUCGAACGAGGCCAGCUCCAUGGGCGCUUAA